AUGGCGUGUCUGCGAGCAGAAGACUGUGGGUAUCGUUUCCUGGUGCUGUUCUUCAACUGCAUGUUGACAUUUGGUUCCUACUAUUGCUUUGACAUGCCAAGUGUUUUGCAGGAUGAAUUUCAAGGGGUUAGUAAUUGUACACAAAAUUCCACUGGACAGGAAAAUGAAACUUGUGUGAAAUGUGAUGACUGCCUGGGAAUGUCAGCAGAUGAUUACAACCUUCUGUAUGCCAUAUAUGCCUGGACAAAUGCUGCUGUUGUCAUCGGUGCUGGCUUCCUCAUAGACAAACUUGGAAAUAGAGUGGGUGUGUUCUUGUUCUCUUUCCUGUGUGUUGUGGGAUCUUCAACGUUUGCCCUUGGUAGUAUGUUGAAGGGUACCUCCGCCAUGUUGCCUGUUAUGUUGCUUGGACGUCUACUGUUUGGAUCUGGCAAUGGCUCCUUGACAAUUGUGAAGAACAGGAUAACUGCAUACUGGUUCCGUAACAAGGAAUUAGCCAUGGCCUUUGGUAUCACACUGGCAUUCUCACGACUUGGCAGUGUCCUCAACUUCUUUCUCACACAAAGCUUUUCUGAGACCUAUGGACUUUCUUGGACAUUGUGGGCAGGAGCUAUGCUGUGUGGUCUUGGUUUCAUAUCAGCCAUGAUUGUAAGCUUCUUAGACAUCUAUGGUGUGAGACAGCUCGGGGAUGAACAAUCCAUCAAAGCAGACUCCAAGAAACUUAAAGUGACAGAUAUUAAAUACUUUUCCCUGUCCUACUGGCUGUUGGCUUUAGCUAUCAUGUUUUUCUACAAUGGUGUCUUUCCAUUUGUUGCUGAUGCAAGUGAGUUUAUACAUGUGAAGUAUAAGUUUGACCUGAAAACUUCCUCGUAUUUGGCCGGAGCAGUGUAUGAUGUCUCCAUGGUUGUAUCCCCCUUUUUAGGAGGGCUAAUUGACAUCAUUGGAAGACGAGGAAUCCUUGCAGUCAUGUGUGCCAGUCUGUCCAUACCUGUGUUUGGAAUUCUAGCGUUUACAUCUGUCUAUCCAUUGGUGGCAACACUGUGGCUAGGAAUGACUUACUCGUUUGCUGCUGCAAGCUUAUGGCCAUCCAUUCCACUUGUAGUCAGUCCAGCCACAGUGGGCACAGCCAUGGGACUGACCACUUCCAUGCAGAUGAUAGGGAUAGGAGUUUCCAACCUAGUGGUCGGUCAGAUCCUGGGUAAAAACCUUCAUCUGAAGACAGAGGAAACUCUACUAAGAUGGAAAUAUGUCAUGAUCUUCCUCUUGGCAAACAGCCUAGCCUGUGUGGUAACCACAGUGUUCCUUAACAUCAAUGACAAAAGAAGGGGUGGAAUUCUAAAUCUUAGUCGAAAACAGAAGGCAAUAAAAGCAGCCCAGUUAGCUGCUGACCCAGCAGAGGAGAAGGAGCCAGACGAGAAUGACCCACUUAUUCCAAAUCGAGGACGUCCAAACAUCAACUGAUGUUUGCUUGACAAUCCAAAUUUACAGUUAUUUGGGAAACAUGUGUGAUUAGUGAGAGAGAAGUACCUGGUAAGGCAGGAUGGAAUAAUAGGAAUUGAGACAUUUAAUCUUUAAAAGAAAAUGUGAGCAAUAGUUUGAUAAAUUUACACAAAAAAAACAAUGUGUUUUAUGUUGAUGUGUUGCGUUUAAGUUUUAUGAUAAGCUAUAGUCUCACAACUGACCUGUAAUGAUCAUUCUCAUUGAGCCAAUACAUACACACAUCUGAGAUCUUUUACGCCAAUCACAUGAAUCUGAUAAUCGUGUGACCUCUAUUUGAUUUUACAUCAGUUUAUGAAACUCUUACAUUCAAAAGUUGAUAUCAUUGUAAUUUUCAUGUAGACAAUCAUCAUUUUGCUUAUUUGAAAUGAUAUUUUAUUAGUGUUUUAUGACUAGUUUCUCAUUACAUAACAGUACAUAACAGACUUGCCUUAUUAACUUAAAAGCCUUGUUCAGGUCAUAUAGGCUUAAAUAGGCUAGUUGAUUCAAAUGUUUGUUAUACUUGUAAAUUUGACAUAUGUUGUGAACAUUUUACCUUUGAUGAAAUGUAUCUUUAAGAUGCUUUUUGCCUGAACAUUUUACCUUAAAUGCAUCUCCUGGGCAUUGCAGCUAUUGAUUAUGUAGUAUUAUCAGAUGUGUUCCUGCCGUUAUAUAAGUAAUGGGUGCUAUGCUUACACUUCCAAGUAUAUGGAUGUAAUAUUUAAAUAAGUGUCUGAUGGUAAGAGAUAAAAGAAAAAAAUAUGGUAUGUUCUUACUACAUUUGUACUUUUAUCAAAGAAUUGAUACAUUCCCAUUACUUUUAUCAGAGAAAAGAAACAGGAUAAUUAUAUUUAUGGUAAAUAUGUUGAUGUUUUGCCCAUUGUUUCAUUUGUGACCACAUUUAGUUGAUAAUGUUCAAUGACCACCACUUCCUAUAUAUAUAAAAGGAUGUGUCUUCCUAUAUGUAUAUCAACUGUGAUCCACUGGGAGUGUGUUUAGCACAAUUAAAAUAAUGUUUUAAUGUUUGUGUGGAUAUUAAAGGAAAUAUUGAUAUGAUGAAAAUAGAAAUGUUUCCAUGUCUCCUUAGGUUGAUUUCUGAAUUCUGUACAUGUGCCAAGCAUUAUUGAGAUUAUGAACAAAUUUAAUUGAAUAUUGAAUUAUGAUGUUCCGACUUCAUUAUUGAUAUUCUUAAUGCUUUCUCAGCUUCUAUUUAAUUUUUUUGUGCAAGUAAUUGGAAUGAGUGCAAUAUAACUAAGUAUCGCUUUUACAAAAUUGGGAGUUACUAAUUUGACAGGUUAAUUCUCAGGUCAUUGAAAAUAACGAUUAUCUUCAGUAUUUGAUAUCUAAUAAUGGAUAAGGGUUUUUACAAUUUUAUUUCUUUUUUCUUUCAGUUGAAAGCAAAUUAAGAAGAAAAUCUUGCUUAUUCAUGUACAUGUUGUUACUUUAUCAUUACUUACUUUUUUUUAAUUACUCAAAAAUGAAAUUAGAACUUUUUAGAACUUGAUCUAUAUAUUUGACAACCAAACGAUUUUACAGGAACAUUCAUUGUUGUCCAUUAAAAACAUUUGUAGAAAAAGGAUAUUUUUCUGACAGCAAAUGAAUAACUGUGAUAGAAAUGAUAUGUAAUUUAUAACUUUCUGUAUAAU